ACACGAUGCUCCGCGGCUCCGCUCUGCUCCUCCUCCUCCUCCUCAGCGCCGCCGCAGCCUUCGAGCUGCUGCCGGAGGAGGCUGCUCCCCGCCGGGCCCGGUUCUCCGCCAACAGCCCCACUGAUGUGGCCCGAUGUCUGAACGGCGCCGUGGCUGUGGGCUGUGGGUUCUUCUCCUGUCUGGAAAACUCCACCUGCGACACCGACGGGAUGCACGAGAUCUGCGAACUGUUCCUCCACUCAGCCGCCAGCUUCAACACCGAGGGUAAAACGUUUGUGAAGAAGAGUCUUCACUGCAUCUCUCAGGGCAUCACAGGAAAAGUCUUCCAGACCAUCCGCCGCUGCAACAUCUUCCAGAGGAUGAUCGCUGAGGUACAAGAGGAGUGCUACACCAGUCUGGACAUCUGCACCGUGGCCCGUACCAACCCUGACGCCAUCGGAGAGGUGGUGCAGGUGCCCACUCACUUCCCCAACAGGUACUACAGUACUCUGCUGCAGGCGCUGCAGGCCUGCGACGAGCAGACGGUGGCGGCGGUCAGAGCCGGGGUCAUGGCCCGGCUGGGACCCGACAUGGAGACCUUCCUGCAGCUCGUCCAGAACAAGCCGUGCGCCGCCGGGUCCGGUUCGACCGCCUUCAGCAACCCGUCCAGCUGGAGGAACAUGCCGGUGUUCAACGUCCAGCCGGGCUUCAGGGGCCGAGACCCGACCCACCUGUUCGCCAGGAAGAGGUCCGUGGACGAGCAGGAAGCUAAAGCCGACGAAUAGGACGGCGUCGUCAUGACUACUAACGUGUUCUUAUUGGUACCGAGGAGAUCCUGAGUCCUGAUUCAGGUGUUUUAACUCUGAUCAUAUUUAUUUUCUUAAUAAUUUAUGAGGCUGGUGUAUUUAUGUAGCUGGAGGGACAGGAGCAGCGGAGGUCCAGGAGGAGCUUCAGCGCUGGUCGUGAAGCUCCUCCAGACUUCGUCCUGCUGGUCUGAGCUGUAUGUAAUGUUUAAUAAACCUGUCGACUGGUUCUGUGUUAGAAAUAAACCAUGAUACCACUGG